AUGGCUCUAGACAAGUCGGCUGCCACCGGCUACUGGACCCAUCCUCGUUUCUUCAACCAGCUGUAUGCAGGGAUGGAGCCGUAUUCCGUGGUGGCAAGCUUCAUUGCAGAGGCACUCAAACCCAGUCUGUACACAUAUGAGGCGGCUCCGUUCUUUACACUGAUGGAGGAUGCUGUGCUUAGGAAGAUGAUGGAGAUGACUGGCUGGGAGGAAGGGGGAGACGGAAUCUUCAAUGCAGGUGGCUCAAGGUCCAACAUGUACGCUAUGAACAUAGCCAGGUUUCAUCAUUGUCCUGACAUUAAAGAAGACAGCCUUUCUGCUGUUCCACAGCUUGUCAUCUUCACAUCACAGGAGGCCUGUUGGAGUGGAGCAGCUCUGGUGUCUAAGAAGCAUAAACACAUGUUGAAGGGCAUCAAUAGAGCAAACUCUGUAGCCUGGAACCCUCAUAAGAUGCUGAUUGCAUGUCUGCAGUGCUGUGCUUUCCUGGUCAGGGACAAAACAAACCUUCUCCUCCAUUGCCACUCAGGUAGGGCCUGCUAUCUCUUCCAGCAGGAUAAGUUCAAUGAUGUUAGUUACGACACUGGAGACAAAGGAGGAGCAGAACACAGCCUGGGACAGCAGGGUUUGCUGGAGGCUCCUGAGGGGCGCAAAGCCAGGCCACUUGUCAUAUUUUGCCCAGGGGGUUUGAAGAAAAGAGAGGGGUUCAGUCUGUUAAUGGAACCUGAAUAUGCAAAGGUUUGCUUUUGGGGCUACAUUCCUCCAAGUCUGAGGAAUCUUCCAGAAGGCCCUGAGCUCUGGAAGAAACUUCACACUGUGCUGAGAGACACACUGGGAACAGGCAGGUAUAACCCCGCCCACCACAACUACACAUCAGGCCCCUCUGCUCCUUGGCCUGGUAAGGCAUGCUCUCCAGAUGGCCCUGGCAGCGGAGAUUGUGGAGCUAAAAUCGGAACUCUGAUCCCUGGAGCAGCUGAUCGACGACCUCCUCCAGCGGCAGUCCGUGCUGUGCUCCCGGUUAGCCCGCCUGGAGCCAGAAGCCAACCUGCAGCCUUUAGCUCCAGCUCCUACUGUCGCCGCUACCAACGUCCCUGGUCCGAGCUCCACUUCAUUGUGGUCUUCUGUUCCCCAAAAGUAGCAUCCUCACUUGGCGUCUGCCCCAGUGCCCUCAUCACCCUCCUCGAAGCCACCUGUUGCAGCACCGACAAACUCUUCUCCCCCGACCCCGCCCACCCGAGAACCUGGUCAUGUCAACACCUCGUCUCAUCCAAUCCCAUGCAGUUCGUCAGUCUCCCUCAACCCAAGGCUGUUGAUCUACAAAUAUAA